AUGGUGGCAGGCAACCCGACCCCGGCCUUCUUCAACGGCCCCCUCCGAUACAUCCGCUGGUCGUCCCGCGAGAAGCCCGCCUACCUGUGGUCCGUCGUCAUCGGCACCGCCGGCCUCGUCAUGCUGGCCACCGUCCCCCCGAUCCAGACCCGCCUCGGCUACCAGAGGGCCAAGCCCAUCCCCAUGACAUAUCCCAUCCCGGCUGGUCCUAGGAAACAGCUGAGCGGACACGAUGAUUGA